ACAAAAAUGAGAAAAGUAGCCACAGUCCAGCACAUCGCUCUUCCACCCAUGCUCUGAACUCUGUGCCCGUUGGUUCAACAGGAAGUGGUCUUGUAAUAGGAAGGUAGUUUCUCAACUCUAGAUUUUCACUGAUACCUUUCGAUCUUUUGACGCAAAAGCACAAAGUUAGGAAUUUCAGCCACCUAUCAGCUUCAGACAAAGAAGGAAGAUGACAGAGAAUUUGCUGUGCUUUGAUUUGCUGUACUUCUAUUCAACUUGUGUGAUGCAAUUGCACAUUUAUUGCAUGCAGAAUGCCUUAAGUGGACAGAAAAACACAUCUGAUGUUAACUGAGCUAAGCUUUAUUUUUGCCCCUUAUGACUCAGGCUUAUAAUGGAAAUCCCAGAGCCAAAAGUUUAGAAUUUACACAAACUUCCUAUAGUCCACCCAGUUAAGUCUGAUCUCACAGUCACAUAUGCAAAAAUAAAUUUAUAUGCUUAGACAAAUUCAUGUAAUUUCUUUGGUUAGAAGUCUGUCUGUUCAAGCAUAAGUGUGGUACUGAUGUGGUAAGUUGUGUCACAGGGGAAAUCAGUGUCUUCUCAGCAAAACACAGGUAGGCCUAAUAGUAGUUCAGUACCUGGUACUUUCCACAAUUCUUACCAAAGAGCAUGCACAAUAAGUAGAGUGUGAAGGGAACGAGGUUACGCUGGAAGUGUUGUAUGCUGCCUGUGGUCACUUUCUCUUAUAUCUUUUGUUGUUUUAACAUUCUGGGUUUUGCAUGUGCAUUGGUAUAGCAGCCCAGUCUCAGUGUAACCCCUCUACCCAGGUCCUACUUGCCCCGCUCUGCGCGGGCCUCAAACCUGGGUCUCCGGCGUGGGAGUCGGACGCUCUAACAAGGAGGCUAAAGGCUGCAACCUCUAGCAUCAGUUGCUAGAGCAUCUCUUGAGAUCAGAGAAGUGAGGUUUACUUACACAGCAACUACUAGCUGGCCUCUGUUACACUCACUCCCCUAAACCUCUCUCCUAUCCAGGUCACGGCACUAAUGUAACCCCUCACCCAGGUCCUACUCGCCCCGCUCUGCAUGAGCCUUGAACCUGGGUCUCCAGUGUGGGAGUUGGACGCUCUAACAAGGAGGCUUCAAAUGUUUAUUAACUUCAGCCAACUCUUUGGAAUGAUGACUGUGUUAAUUCAGCAGUAUUCAUGCUUUUAAGUGUCAGUCUGCGUUUAAAUAUGGGGCAAAAAGAUCAAAGAUAAUUUCUCUUAACCUCUAAACCACACAGGAAAUGCUUUACUUGAGAGUCUGAGGAAAUCCCCCAGUCUCCUUUAUGUAUUUCUCAUAAUUACCUAUUAUACACUCACCUCAAAUUUUUUUUUUACUUAGAAUCUGACUCUGUUGCACCAGAGAUAAGAAUCACAAUUGCAACAGAAGCAUAAUUCUAUCAUAACUGAUGAUGGAAUCUUGAUAUUGCGUAAGAACUCAUAAACAUAUAUGACAAACAGUUGACAUUAUCGAAUUGGGUGUUUAAAAGUGCAAGCAAAAGGUUUAAGUAUGUUUAAUUUAGCUAUAGUUCUUAUUGUGUGUUGAUGGAGGCAUUUUGCUGUGACGCCAUGACGCACCUUUGUUCGCGCCAAUUUUUCCUCAAAUGCUGCAGGUCAUUGUUUUGGGUUUAAUUUCCUUAGGCAUAUAUAAUUAUUACAUUUUAUAUUAUUAUGAUUAGUAACUUCGUCGAUUACAUGAAACAGCCUCAACAUGUAGGGACAUGUAGUAGAAUACUGAAAUGACACUCAUUGUAAGUGUAUUUAAUUUUAAUCACAUUUCUCAAAAGUGCUAUUGCUUUCUUUACGUGUACAACUUUUUUAUUUAGCAAAUAAUAAUAAUAAAAUAAAAUAAAAUAAAAAAUAAAAUAAAAAAAAUCACUGAGUGCACCUUUAAGUGUGUAGAGUUGGAAACGAUAAAAGUUUAAGACGCGUGCACGCGCGCACACUCUUUCCGCUGAUUGCCCGUGGUAGGCAUUGCGUAAUUCACUCUAUCCCACCGGAUCUGUAUGCUUCCUCCUCCUCCUCCUCCUCCUCUUUCUUCUCAGGAAGUGCAGCCGCUAGUCUGAAGAGAGGCUCCGGACUCCCGCUCUCGCCGUACAGAGCGACUCGCGCGUCAUCCAUCGCGAUGCUGUGCCUUUUGCAGGCACCUGUGAGCGACAUACACCAGUAACAGAUGAAGGGUGAAGAGGAUGCGCUGGAAGCAGCAGGCUGUUUGCGGGCAGCAGGGAGACGCAGCGGCAUCAUCCUCAUCCUCAGCAUCAGCAGCAGGGCGCUCGGUUAGCGCCCACCCCCACUCACUUCGUCUUUUCCUCCCCCCCUGCAGAAGCAUGCUUGCGUGAGGGAUGAGGCUGGAGACAGGGACAUCAGGCCAGAGCUGCGGCCUUCUUCUUUUCACAAGAGCCGGGCUCGCCAUCAUCGCAGCAGCAGCAGCAGCAUCCGCCAACGCUUUGCCAUCAUCACACCAGCAUAUUUGGUCAGUGAGCAGAUCCAGGAGCAUGAGCAGGAAGCUGUGCGGCGCGAGCAGAUGUCAGGGUAUAAGCGCAUGCGGCGGCAGCACCAGAAGCAGCUGAUCGCCCUGGAGAACAGGCUAAAGGCUGAGAUGGAUGAGCACAAGCUCCGGCUGCAGAAGGAAGUGGAGACCCAGGCCAAUAACACUUACAUUGAACUGGAGCGGCUGGCCAAGAAGCAAGCUGCACAACUGGACAAGGAGAUGAAGGCCUCGGCAGCUGAGGAGAAGAGAAUCCAGCAACAGAUCUUGGUCCAGCAGAAGAAGGAACUGACCACCUUCUUGGACACACAGAAAAAGCAGUACAGACUAUGCAGAGAAAGAAUGAAAGAGGAAAUGAACGAAGACUCUGACACACCAAAAGAGGAGAAACAGGAGCGCUUGUCACGGCAUAAGGAAACAAUGCAGCGCUCCCAGGCUGAGGAGGAGGCCCAGCUGUUGAACCAGCAAAGACUGGUUUAUGAAAGGAGCUGCCGUGCUUUAAAAAGAAGAAGCCUUAUCAAGAAGCAUGAGUUUGAACAAGAGCAAAUGCGGGAGGAGCUUAACAAGAAGAAGACACAAAAAGAAAUGGAGCAUGCACUGAUGAUCAGGCAGGAUGAGUCCACCCAAGAGCUGGAACAGCGGCAUCUACAUACCUUACAAAGACUACGCUUUGAGCUGAUGCGCCACCAGCAUCAAACUGAGUUGGAGAACCAGGAGGAGUACAACAGUCGCCGGCAGAGGGAGCUACACAGGAAGCAUGCACUGGAACGCCGACAGCAGCCCAGGAACCUUAAGACAUUGGAGAUGCAGAUCAAAAAGCAAUUCCAAGAUACAUGUAAGGUGCAAAACAAGCAGUACAAAGCUCUGAGGAACCAUCAGCUGGAGGUCUCCCCUAAGAGUGACCACAAAGCCAUCCUGAAGUCACUGAAGGAGGAGCAGACCCGCAAGCUCGCACAGCUGGCAGAACAAUAUGAGCAAAGCAUUAAUGAGAUGAUGGCCUCUCAAUCGUUACGUUUAGAUGAAGAGCAGGAGGCUGAAUGUCAGGCUUUAAGGCAGCAGCUACAUCAGGAGAUGGAGCUCCUCGAUGCCUACCAGAACAAAACCAAGGCGCAGAUGGAGGCCCAACAUGAGCGUGAGGUGCAGAAGUUGGAACAGAAGGCGUCUUUGCGCCGGGCUCACUUGGAACAGAAGAUUGAAGAAGAGCUGGCCUCACUUCAUAAGGAACGGACCGAAAAAAUCAAGCAUUUAUUUGAGCGUCAAGAGCGAGAACUGGAGAUGUUUGAUUCAGAGAGUGCGCGGCUAGGAUUCGGAAGCUUGGCCUCGUUUGACUUUCCCAAGGAUGAGGCCAGAUGAUCCAACAGAAGUGAAAGGGACUGUUCAACACUGAUGUCUUUGGACACAUUGUGCCUGCACUGUCCCUGAUUGAUGGAUUUACCAAGAUCAUCCAAACAGUGACCAUGCUGGUUCAAUAUCUUAUAACUCAUAUCGGCUGUGAGAACUUCACUGAUAUUCUGAAAGGAGAAACUAAACAGCCACAAACACAAAAGUGGUUUGGUGGUGCAUCACUGAGCUCAUAAACCAAGAAGAAAUAUCUAGACAAACUGACCUUUUCUCCAUGCCAUUGUCCCACUUUUGGUAUUAAAUUAGUAAUUCAGGAUAUUUUAGUACAAGUAAGCACUUUGAUAUGUUAAGUACGAUCCCAUCAUGUUAGGUGGAUAUGCCUUUGGUGUCAUCAAAGGACAUUGCGACUGUAGAAUGUGUCCUGCAUCUUCACCGUGGCUAUUAGCUGUUUUGUAUGUAUCACAGAGAAUGUGACAACUGUUGAUGAAAACUUUACACAGAAGCAGAUUUUCAAGCAGUGUCUGAUUUUAAAAUAUGGUGAAUACAUUAAGAGCAUUUAAUUAAUUUCAUAUUGUGGAACCCACGCUUUAUUUCUUUUUACUUAGAAAAAGAAAAGAAAAAGAACUAAAAAUGUAUUCAUUGUUCAGUAUCCUAAAUUAAUUGGCAUUAGUUUUAUCAGGAUGUGAACUUAUUACAUUGAAUCAGUUCUGUCAGAGUUACUGGUAUUAUUGCAUGCACUUUAAAAGACAAAUUCAGGUUGUGAAGUGGAGCAUGAAUCUGUCAGAGAUUUUAGCCGUGUACAAAUAAAAGUGGUCAUAACAGUUUUGUUUUCAUGGCUAUUGAUACUGAACAUGAGCUUUAUCUUUGAUAUAAAUACCCGCCAAAUUGCCAAAUGCCUUUAAGUUAUGUUGAUGAAUGUUUUUGUUUUCCUUAUUUUGCACAAUUUGUUGAAUUGUGAUUCAUUCAAUGUGGACUUAUCACUGCUCUUGUACAGGGAAAAUGUUGCAAUUUGUGUUGUAAAAAUUUUAUAUAAAUAUUUGUAUAUGAUAACCUAAAUAGGGUUUACAUAUGUAUUGAUCAAUCAUUGCCAACAAAGAUCUAUGGAACUCUUGUUCAGUGAAGGCAGAGGAACGCAAACUUAUUUUUGUAAGUAAAAUAGAAAGUAACUUAUAUUCUCAUGCAUCAUGUGACAGCCUUCAUGUCUGGUGGAGCUAUAAUGUGAACACCUCUGUGUAACAGAGUUCAUGGCUUGCUGUCAUUUAAGAAAGACACCACUCCAGCAACUAGUAGAAGGGGUUCAGUUGAUUCUUAAUUCACAAAAACAUGUACUUUAUAGGCAGAUUUAUGGUGUGUAAUAAAAGAUUCUUUGGGCCUGACCAACUACUAUC